AUGGACUUGACUCUCCCUUAUAAUGAAGCUAGCCAGCCCUGCAACAAAAAAGAACGAGGAAACCUAAAGCAAGACUUCACCAACAUGAUGGCCCGGUGUGCCCCACGACUUAUCCGCCCCUUGCUAAAUGGACUUAAUUUGGGCAAAGUUCAAUCCUUUCAGUCCCUCGGAGUAGCUGAGAACAGUCAGGCAUCUGCCAGCCUGCAGCCAGAGAGAAGCUUCAGCACCACACACAGGCUCCAUGAUGUCCCAAAGGACACAGGCUCUGCGGACAGAGUGACGGUGCAUUUUAUAAACCGGGACGGAGAGACACUCACAACCACAGCCAAAGAAGGGGAGAGUUUGCUGGAAGUGGUGGUUAAUCAAAACCUGAGCAUUGAUGGCUUUGGUGCCUGUGAAGGGACAUUGGCUUGCUCUACGUGUCACCUCAUCUUUGAGGAGAACGUCUUCCAAAAGCUGGAUGCCAUCACAGACGAGGAGAUGGACAUGCUGGAUUUGGCAUAUGGGCUCACUGAUACAUCACGCCUCGGCUGCCAGGUGUGUGUUAAGAAGGCGAUGGAUGGUCUGACUGUCCAGGUCCCCAUGGAAGUUGCUGACCUGAGGAAAGGGCUGGAAGUGGGAAAGCAAAGUAAAUAAUAUACAAAUAAUAAUCUUAGUAAGCGGGAUUGGCACCUGCACAAAGCCUUCCCUUUGAUUUAGGCACGUUUUUUAAGUAUGUUAUGUUUUGUUGUUUCCAUUGAGCAUUGUGACCAGUUUGCAUUAGAACAUAUAGGUCCUCCCUAUUCAGGAAAGCUCUUAUCUAAGCAUGUGCUAAACUUGAACGACUUAAGCACAUGUUUAGAAUGCAGAAUCUACUUAAGUCUACUGGUGUUCAACAAAACACUCCAGUGUUUUGCUUAAAAUUAAAUGCUCUGCUAAACUGGGGCCAUAGUAACCACAGGAGGUCUCUCUCUUCUUUGAAGUUAAGGUCAUGCCAUUCACAGUAACUGUUGGGAAUGUUGCUGGAUCUGGCUACUUAAUGGUAGAGAGACUUUCCAUUUUGACACUGAGCCCUAAAAUCAUAACUGCAUGCAUCAGCUUGAUGAAAUAGGCCAAGUUAGCUUGAUAAAUAGCAAUGGAUUGAGAACCUUCAGGAUGCUGCCAUUUUAUACACAAAUGGAAUUAUUUUUUCACAAAUAUGAACUUUUUGCGCCAAAGUGCACAACGUUGUAAUUUCUCCCAAUAUUGGCUCCUUUCCCCAUUACUGUAUCACUUUCUAUCUAAAAAAUAAAAGGCUAAUCACUGGG